GUACCGGAGGGAGGGGUGAGGGCUGUGUACCGUUAGCAGGGGAGGGGGCAGUUCCGUGCAUCUCUAUGGAGUUUCUGGAAGCCUUGCUUCUCAUGUCCUCACUACACCUGUCUGAUGUCAAUAAGGACAUAAUCAGAAAAUAUUUUCUGUAUUUAUCUUUUCGGGAAUCCAUCAUGACAACAACAUCUGUUUCCAAGGGUUGCUUUGUGUUCAAGCCUAGUGCAAAGAAAAAAAAGCUUUCUCUUACAGCAGCUGACUAUUUUAUUGAAAGUCUUAAGAAUUCUGAAGAUGGCAGAAUGCGCUUUGAGAGCUGCCAGUUGCUAUGGCAGCAGAUGAAAUCUCAGACAGAGCAAUUGCAGGAAGAGCUGAAUACGAAACUUUUCGACAAUCUCAUAGGCUUUUUGAAGAAAUCUCAUUCAGAUUUUCUGAACAAAAAAAAUGACUGGAAUUGCCGAGUGAGGUCCAGUGAAAUCCCUACUGCUGCUCUUCUACUUGGUGUUAAUGUCACUGACCAUGAGGUAACUUUCAACAGCCUGUCGGAUAAUCUUAAUGAACAUGUAACUCCAUAUGUAGUGUUAUUGCAAGCAAAGGAAUGCCCAGGUAUAAAGCAGCUUCUUCAGAAGCUUCUUUCGCAGCUCAUAGGAUGCGUAGCAGAUCUGGAUGAAGAUGAAGAGGAUGGCCACACUCCUAUCUCUCAGAGAAAGAUGAACUGCUCCAUGGCCUCCCUUUCAGGAUGGUAUCAGAAUAUUACAAAUAAAUCAAGUUCUCCAAAGAAAAAAAGACGGGCCUCAUCUGAAGGUUUGCAAACACCUCCUAUAGUUGUAGUCUUCAAAGAUCUAGAAAGUUUUACGUCUUCUGUACUGCAAGAAUUUAUUUUUAUUAGCAGCCGUUACUGCAAGGAGUUGCCUCUGGUUCUGGUAUUUGGCAUUGCCACAUCUCCAAUGAUAAUUCACAGACUUCUGUCUCACUCUGUAUCCUCUCUGCUGUGUAUAGAACUGUUUCCAUCCUUGUCGUGCACAGAACACUUGGCAACUGUAGUAGAUAAGCUGCUUCUCUCCAAUCAAUUUCCAUUUAAACUGAGCGGGCGGGUUCUGCAGGUCCUCAUCACAAUAUUUCUCUUCCAUGAUUUCUCUGUGCAGAACUUCAUCAAGGGUCUUCAGCUUUCUGUGAUGGAACAUUUUAACUCCCAGCCCUUGAGUGUUUUAUGUUGUGACCUCCAAGACGUGAAAAAUCGAGUGAAGAGCUUAUCACAUGAUCAGUGUGAAAACAUUCGCCAUGUUGCAUCUUUUAUGAGUUUUGUGGAAAGUCAGACACCAGAAGCUCAAGUAAAACUUCUUACAGAUGACAUCUAUUUAAAGAAGAUGACCAAAACGUGUUUGACAGAUUUACAUGCUUACCAUGAAAAUUAUACCCCUGUUUUAAGAUGUCUGCAUCAUUUCACAUGCAUUCUUCCUAAGUAUCCCUUAGGAAAGCAGAUUAGAGAACUUUAUUGUGCCUGUUUAGAGAAGAAUAUAUGGGAAACAGAAGACUACAAGUCGGCAUUAAACCUCUUACGAAUGCUGGCAAAGGAUGAAUUAGUGGCUACACUUCAUAAGUGUUUAGAGGUUCUGAAGCCAUAUUCUGAAAGACCGCUUGACAGUGCUCUAAUAAAAUUGGAGGAGUUCCUGGCCCAUUUCCAGUCUCUUGAAGCAGAUACUUUAGAAAAUGUAGAUUAUGAGGAAAGCUCCACACAAACAGGCCUGCAGAAGAAGACAGACCUUUACCAGCUUCAGAAAACACUGCUAGAAAUGAAAGAAACCCGAAGAACAAAGAAACUAAGUAGAUUUGAAUCCCUUCGCCUUGAGGUGGUGGACUUUCUCGAUGGUCUUGUCAGAAAUUACUUAACCCGUCCAGAAGAGCAGCCUUUGUAUGAAGUUGUAUACUUCAGUGCUGCCAGCAUCCUCCGCAAACAUGUGAAUGCUGUGCCUCGUAUCGCCCUGAACACAGCUCUGAACAACCCUUCAACUUAUUUAAAGUCAUUGGAAAAUGAUGGAACCUUAUCUAGUGCUGCUCCUGACAUAUGCAUAGCAUACAAACUGCAUCUUGAAUGUGGACGACUCAUUAACCUCUAUGACUGGUUAGAGGCAUUUGCAACAGUUGUCAAUGCUGAUGAUGACAGUGAUUCAGAUUCCCCGAAGCAAGUGGAUGAAAUGACUCACGCACGUUUCAUCAGAGCAGUUUCGGAGCUAGAGCUCCUUGGAUUUGUAAAGCCUACAAAGCAGAAGACUGACCAUGUGGCAAGGCUCACCUGGGGUGGAUGUUAAUGAGUUAAUUAUCUUUGGAAACUGUUAAUAAACGUGAACUAAUCUUUUUGUACUUGAUGCUGAUUAUAUUGUGAUACUUUAUUUUGUAAUUUUCUACAAAUUGUAUCCCUGGAUGUUCCUUUGUUACAUGUAAAAUCUGGCUUAGUAUUGAAAUGACAUUUGUUUCUAUCACAGAACUGCAAUCUAUUAUGAAAGAUCUGACGCCUAAAAGUGAGCUGAGAGAUAUAGAAAAAGAAACUCUCUAAUAAGUAAAAAAUAAUGUUUUAGUAGCAGAUUUGCACAAAAAUGCUUAAAAAAAAAAAAUCUGAAAAACCCUUCCAGGAGCAGAGUAUCCCAUAACUUUUUAUUCAGCUCUCCCCUGCCAUGCUGCUAAUCCAGAUGAUAUCUCAACCAUCCUAUGACUCCAGCUUUCAUGACCACAAAGGGGGAAGCAAAAUUGAAAGAAUUUUCACAAUCAGCAGACGGGCAUCUCUAUAUUGUGUUUUCUUCUGAUCUUGUCUAUUGUGAUACAGGCAUUGCUUUAUUAGAGUUACACCACACUGCCUGGCAUGACCAUCCUUCUGCGAUCACCACUGGAGCUGCAACUGCAACAUACCGGUAACUGCUGCAGGGGAAGGGAGUACAGGGAGGUUUGCUGCUGACAUUUCUGGUAGUGGCUUAUGACCCUGAAAACAAGUCAGAAAGUUUUAAUCCGACAUGCCUGAUCUAUUUUACCCCUGACAUCAUCUGUUGGGAGGCGUCUAAACAUAGUAGACAGUUGGUCAGUCCUGCCAAAAUUGGCAGGGUUGGCAUACUUUUUCUAAAGUGUAUGGGACAAUUACUGAAAGACUGGGAUAGAAUCUUACGGAUAAAACAUAACUUUAAUUUGUUAUGCUAAUAAAAUCACAAUAACCAAAGCUAAAUAAAUAAACUGCAAUAGCAGCAAAAAUACCAACACAUAUGAACCACAUAGGUGCCUAGUGAAAGGCAGACAUACUUGCUUCUGCCUAUAAAAACAAAAAAUAUAUUGCACUUGGCACCAAUUCUCAAAGUGUUACUGAUAAUAUUGUUCAAAACAAAUAAAUAGCCACUAAUGAUAGGAUAUAAACCUAGUGAGCUAACAAUACGGUCUCGGAGCUCAGCAGGGUAUUAUGCACACAUAAAAUGUGGGAACUGGAGGUAAUUCACAAGAAUCACACAUUGAGCAGUGGCUCCAAGGGGGUGAAUUAUGGGGGCAGCUGUAAAGUACACUAGCUUUCCCUACAUUCCCUAAAGUGUAGUGUAAAUAUAUACCCUAUUAUUACCUUACCCUAGCUGUGUGGCACGUAGCUAGGGCACUCACCCUAGAAAGGGACGACCCCCACGCCUCCGGAACUUGAAGUGGCAGUGGCAACUAAGACCCUUUUAUGCCGUCAUAUUCUUCCCUUUGUUGCAUACAUUUUGCAUCACUGAUCCCUCAGCCCAUCUCUCAAGAGACUGUGCUGCUUGGGUCCAGGAGU